AUGCAGGGAGGGAUUUGUCUAGAUCAAGAAGGAGAACGUAAAACGGGGAACAGAAAAUUGACCGGUGAAAUAGUCGAGGGAGACGGUCCCAAGAGAUGCAACCAGGGUAUAUUAAAGGGUGUGAACAUCCUCCGCACAAACCACUGCACAAUCGAUGGAAAUAUUAUGCCUGACUCAACUCUCGCCUACCUGUUACCGGACUCCGAGUUUGGAGCCAAAAUCGUUGGAUAG